CAAUUUGCGCAUCGCAUCUCCUUCUGUACAUACAAUAACACAGUGAAUCGCAAAUGGCACCGCAACAUAAUAACUAAUCUCUACCUCAAACCUCAGCCAACCAACUACGACAUAUCCUUCCAAUCCAAAAAUCAAUAACUACACUCUCGUCACCGCACCGCACAGCUCACAACCUCAAAAAGCACCUCCAGCACCAGCUCACCUCCCUCCCAUCCCUCUCCCCCGCCAAAAAGAAACACAAAAAGAAAAACACCAAAAUGAACCCACCCAACACGAACCUGCGCGCCUUCAACCUGGCAGUGACGACGCUCCUCAAAAACCCCUCUCAUUUCCUCCCGCACCUAACAAUCCCAACAAUAACCCACCUCCCAGAACAACUCGGCGAAGCUAUCACCGAAGCAGCCCUCUCCUCACCACCACCGUCAACCUCACAAUCCUCACCAAAAGCCCCCUCAGAGAAACCCCCGCAAAUCCGCGCCCUAAUCCUAGACAAAGACAACACCCUCUGCCCAGCCCGCACAACAACCUUUCCGCCGGAGAUCCUCAGCAAACUAACCGCGCUACGCACCUCACCCACCUCCCCCUUCACGCACCCCAACGCAAUCCUAAUCGUCUCGAACCGCGCCGGCAGCGACGCGCGCUACGACGACGAGGUCCAGAGCCUCGAGGCGCAGCUGGCCGAUCUCCAGAUCCCCGUGUACCGGCUGCCGGCCGGGGUCGCGAAAAAGCCGUUCUGCGGACGGGAGGUGCUGGAUUGGUUCCGGGAGCGUGGGGUGGUCGAGCGCGCGGAUGAGAUCGCCGUUGUGGGCGAUCGGUUGGGGACGGAUGUGUUGAUGGCGCGGGAGAUGGGGGCUUGGAGUGUUUGGUGUCGUGAUGGGAUUAAUUCUCGUGGGCGGCGGGAGGGGGAGGGGGAGGAUGGCGGCAGGAGGAAUGUGCUGGAGCGCAUGGAGAUUUGGGUGGAGAGGUAUUUGCGCGUGAAUCGUGGGCUGAGGGCUCCUGUGCCUCGGGGUUAUGGUCGAUGA